CACAUGUUAAAUCGAGUAUAUACGAGUAGUAGCAUUAUUGGCUCGCAGCAGGAAUGGCGACCUCCAAGGCCGGCACCUCUCUGUCUCCGGUGGUCAUCUUCCUCCUCGGGGCGGCCUCAGCCACCGCGCUGCUCCUCUUCUUCCUCACGUCGUCGGCGAGGCCCGAGCUGGUGAACGGCGUUCAGAGAAGAGGGGAGGUGCCAGCUGGAUCGGCUAGCGUGCGUUGCAGCACUCCACGAGCCAACGCCACGGUCGGAGCUGAGCAACACGCCGGAGCAACAGCUUCUCCGGCUAAUGAGACGGGCGCGGGCGGCGACGGCGAGGCGGAGUUCGCGCGGAUGCUGCGGCGGGCGGCGAUGGAGGACCGGACGGUGAUCAUGACGUCGGUGAACGAGGCGUGGGCGGCGCCCGGGUCGCUGCUGGACUCGUUCCUGGAGAGCUUCCGCGUGGGCGAGAACGUGUCGCACUUCGUGAAGCACAUCGUGGUGGUGGCCAUGGACGACGGCGCGUUCCGGCGGUGCCAGGCCGUGCACCCGCACUGCCACCUCCUCCGGCCGGAGAAGGAGGGCCUCGACCUCUCCGGCGCCAAGAGCUACAUGACCAAGGACUACCUCGACCUCGUCUGGAGCAAGCUCAAGCUCCAGCAGCGCAUCCUCGAGCUCGGCUACAACCUCCUCUUCACGGACGUUGACGUGGCGUGGUUCCGGAACCCGCUGGUGCACAUCACGAUGGCGGCGGACAUCACGACGUCGAGCGACUUCUACUUCGGCAACCCGGACGACCUGGGCAACUUCCCCAACACGGGCUUCAUCUACUUCAAGGCGACGCCCCGGAACGCCCGCGCCAUGGCCUACUGGCACGCGGCGCGGCGGCGGUUCCCGGAGAACCACGACCAGUUCGUGUUCAACGAGAUCAAGCGCGAGCUCGCGGGGAAGCUCGGCGUGCGGAUCCGGUUCAUCGACGCCGCCGACGUGAGCGGGUUCUGCCAGCUCGGGCGGGACCUGAACCGGGUCGCCACCGUGCACAUGACCUGCUGCAUCGGGCUGGAGAACAAGCUGUUCGACCUCAAGAGGGUGAUCGCCGACUGGAAGCGCUACAUGGCGCACCCGCUGUGGGAGCGGCGGACGGGGAAGAUCGGGUGGACGUUCGAGGGAGGACGCUGCAUACACUGACGAGACUGACGAUACUACAAUUUACGAAAUGGUAUACACUAUACGUUAGUUCAUGUAUGUAUUUGAGUUUAUGGAAGACAUUUGUGAAUUUGGAUUCAUAUACUACAAUGUACUGGUAGUUCCGUACGUGCCUGGAUUGGCUUGGAUUCAAAUCUGCAGGACUUGCUCAAACUUCAGAACUCCAGUUGGUUUGGAUUCAAGUCUGCCGGGGUGUUGAAACAAAUAGUAAUCAGAAUCUGGUUUAGCCGUCUCCGGUUUCAGGCUUUCAGCCAACCCGGUUUCGACAGGUGCCGGACUUUUUCAUCAGAA